GUAGUCCCGGAAGCUAGUUCUGUUCGUAUUUCUCGCUCUCCGACCAGGCGCUAGCUACGAGAGGAACCCCCCUUCACCAAUGCCCCAUUGCCGUCACGUCGCCUGGAGCCUCGUAGGCAGAUACUUCGCAAUGCGGCUUUGAAUAGAACGCCUCAAUAAUCGACUGAUUAGGCGCCAUGAUCGACGCUACGGGUCUACAGCACCACAUCCACGAGGCGUACAAAGCACCUAGAUACGUGACUGCUGCUAUCCGCGCUAUAGAAUCCCUCAUCUCUGGCAUCGCAUGCUCGAGGCGUACAAGAGUACGUAGAUACGUGACCAGAUACGUGACUGCUGAUAUCCGCGCUAUAGAGGUCCUCGUCUCGUGCAUCGCGCACACUCCGCAAACAGUUAUAGUGUUCCCAUUUUCACGUCUCAAUGGACGUCUCGGGGCUCCGGCACCGCAUCCACGAGGCGUACAAGAGCACGGCGGAGAUGCUGCUAUCGGCGCGCAGCGCGACUGCCUUCGCGGAGAAGGGUGUCCUUACACCGGACGAAUUCGUCGCCGCUGGGGAUAAUCUCGUCGCCAAGUGCCCUACCUGGGCCUGGGAGGGGAGCCGAUGCUCUCGUCGACGAAGCUUCCUCCCACCUGACAAGCAAUACCUCAUCCACACGCAAUGUCCCCUGUCUCAGGCGAGUGGGAGCAAUGGAGGAGGAGGUAUUGCUGGCGACAGGUGGCAGCGAGACAUUGGUGGAUGCUGACGUGGACGGGGAUGAUGAGCCCUGGGUCUCCACGUCUAAGCUCGACACCACCUCAUCAGUAGCAGUCGCAGGGUCAGCCGAGCAAGAGGCGCUUCCCAUGAUUGAAGCAACCCAAAGGGAGGGGGCCGUCGGUGCAGCUGGCUCUGCUGGUGGCCCUUGGGUUGGUGGGAGGGAGGGUGGAGGAGGGGGGCAGGGGAGAAGAAUGUUGGGGGAGCUGCAGGGGCGGGAGAGGAGGAGGAGGAGGAGGAGGAUGUACCUGAUAUAGCGGAAUUCGAUGAUGUGGAUAAUGUCGUGGAUGCUGACCCUGCGGCGCUGCAGCUAGGGGGGGGACAUACCUCAUUGCAACGGAGCCAGAGGACGACCACAUUCUGCAGACUCGCACCUACGACCUCACCAUCACAUACGACAAGUAUUACCAGACCCCACGAAUCUGGCUCUUUGGUUAUGACGAGCAACGGCAGCCAUUGGCAGCAGAGAGAGUGUUUGAGGAUGUGAGCCAAGACCACGUGAAGAAAACGGUCACCAUUGACGACCAUCCACACCUUCCAGGAAAGUACGCUUCGGUCCACCCGUGCAAGCAUGCAGCGGUAAUGAAGAAGAUCAUCGGAAUCAUGGCGGCCAAUGGCGUGCAGCCACGUGUCGAUCAGUACCUCUUUAUUUUCCUCAAGUUCAUCUCCUCAUUGGUGCCUACUAUCGAGUAUGACUACACCAUUGAUUUCGACAUGGGCGGUACACUAGGAGGCGCAGCACAAGACGAUGGAGAGGCCAGUGAAGGUGAUGAUGAGAAGACUAAUGGUAACAAUGGUAACAACGGUAAUAUUGGUUAUAAUGCAAGUGAAAAGGAGGCCGAUGUCAAAGGAGGGGGGGCGUAGAGGCCAGUGAAGGUGCUGGGGAGUCAGGAAACGUGGAGAGAUAAGGGGGGAUGUUGGCUUGUAGCUUCCUAUCGAGGGUGAUUGAGUGGAGCAGGAAUAUAGGAGACACGUUUGUAUAUAUGAUGGGAAGUGUGGCGCUCAGGUAAAUAUCUUCGCAGGAGGUUUCAAACCAAUUCGUUGGGGAUUGCAUAAGAUUACUUACAUUACAUGUAUCUUCAUUUUCUUCAUUGGUUUUGGCCGUUGACACGUUGAAUGCAGUAUGUUUGCGACUCUGGUGUACACUGGAAUUUCUUCCUGUAAUCCUCAUUUCUCAUGCAGCCAAGCAGGCGCUAAUUAGUCGGAUCGUCAGAAAUCGUGAAAACGCAGGUCGUCUAGAGUAGACUGGAGCCGCCUUCGGCGUCUACGAAGCGCAAUGUUCCCAUCACAUCGCUUUGUGUUUAGCCUCGACGUCAGCAAUUCCUUUUGUCUACUGCGGAGCGCAUGAUAGACGUAUGAUAGUGCGUCAGAUGCCAGACGUCGGCCUAACGCUCCUCGCGAGGUGAUUCUUGGGUGCAGCAUGACGAGUUUUUCGCCAGGAAU